UCGGCUCGGCGCGGGGCGGGGAGGGGGCACCACUUCUCUGAGUCUCCCCACCAGAUCGUUAUGGACCUAUUCGACUUUUUCAGGGACUGGGACUUAGAGCAGCAGUGUCACUAUGAGCAAGACCGGAGUGCACUUAAGCGAAAGGAGUGGGAGAGAAGAAACCAGGAGGUCCAGCAAGAUGAAGAUCUCUUUGCUUCAGGUUUUAACCUUUUUGGGGAACCCUACAAGACAAAUAAAGGUGAUGCCCUUGCAAACCGUGUUCAGAACACAUUGGGAAAUUAUGAUGAGAUGAAGGACCUGUUAACCAACCAUUGCAACCAGAGCCACCUUGUAGGAAUCCCAAAGAGUUCUGUCCCACAGACACCCAUUGACAAAAAUGAACAGAACUUUUUCCCAGAACCAAGAAACAGGAUGAUCCCAUCUCAUCAGAUCAGUGGCCACUCAUCGACAUCAAUGCCUCCACCUUCUUCAUUGUCAUCUAAUUCUACUUUACUACACAGUCACCAGAGCAGCAGGAAGUCGAGAACAGACUGGUCACGUGGUGGUCACAACUCUAGUGGGGCCCAGCCAAGCCAGUCCAGUAGUCAGCAGAGUCGGACAAAGCAUAGCACUUCCCAUGACCAGCCACAGGGCAGGUAUGAAGACCUCUAUAAUUGUCAGAGUGAGCAGCAUAAAAGUGGAGGAACUGAGGAAGCCAAUUCUGUUGCAGCAUCUUCACAUUCAAGGAGGCAUACUCAUUCAAAGUCAGCACCUGGAGAACAUACUUACAAAGAAAACAGUCAUUCAAAGUCACCCACAGAGCUGGAGUUUGUAGGUCAUGGUCCUGGAUCUCCACUUCCUUCCACUUCUUUGCUGUCUGCUAACAGUGGUCUUUCGACCCAGAAUUUCCCACCUGGACUUCACUGUAAAAACAGCAUGGUCCAGCAGAAGCCUACAGCAUAUGUCAGGCCUAUGGAUGGUCAAGACCAGGUACCCAAUGACUCACCUGAACUGAAACCUCCGAUAGAAAUUGAGAAUGGAUAUGGAAAUCAGUCCUUUGGAACACUGCUGGAAGGAAAAGUGAACACACCUAGCUCAAAGAACAAAGUACCAAAGCUCACCAUUCCUCCUGUUAGUGAAGUUACCCUUCCCAAUGACUCCAGCUGUGUGGAAGAAAUAUUACGGGAGAUGACCCAUUCCUGGCCUCCUCCUCUUACUGCUAUUCACACUCCUGGCAAGGCUGAGCAGACCAAGUUUUCUAUCCCAAGCAAGGACUCCCAACAUCUGACCUCAGGAUACAAUGUACAAAAGUGGAGUGAUCCAGCAGGGAAAGUUGCAACUAAGUCAGUGCCACAAAAGUCAAUGCUUGAGGAUGAUCUGAAACUCAGCAGUGAUGAAGAUGACAAUGAACAGGCUGCUGAAAAGACAAAAUUGAGAAACAUUCCUGUAAACAGUCUGCCUGUGCCGGGGGCACACGCAGCUGGCUUGGCGCAUUCCAGCGGCGGCUCUGGAAGCUCCAGCGAGUCCGAGAGCAGCUCUGAGUCCGACUCGGACAGCGAGAGCAGCUCCAGUGACAGCGAGUGCAACGGGGAGUCACGCAGUGCCACGCCAGAGCCUGAACCUCCCUCAACAAACAAAUGGCAGCUGGAUAAAUGGCUAAAUAAAGUGAACCCCCACAACAAGACCAUCAUCAACAAUCAGAAUGAGCCUCACAGUGAGACUAGCUCCCAGGCCCAGAGCAACCAGCAGGUGGAAGGGCCAAACAAAGGGAAGCUCAACAGCAGCCUGCCCCCAACUGAUUCCAAAGACCGGGCGAUUCUUAGUCCCAUCCGAGAAAAAGCCAAACCGCGAGUUGCCCAGAAAACCCCCGAGGCAAAAAGCUCCAAGCAGAAGUCACCAGCUCAUAAUGAGCCAACUUCACAAAGGACUACUGGGAAAAAGCAACCCAAAAAGGUAGAAAGGACUUCCAGUGUAGAAGAGUAUAACUGGCCCAAACCAAAUAAUACCAGCAACACUCCCAAAGAAAAAGACACACAGGAACCCCCCGAGCAGCCAAAGGUUCGAACUAAAGCAGCAGUUGGGAAGACAGCUCCAAGGAAAGAACCACGAACAAGCACAGGUCUCACUUCGGAGAAGAAAAAAUACAGAGGCCCUAGCAAAAUUGUCCCUAAGUCCCGGGAAUUCAUUGAAACUGAUUCAUCUACUUCUGACUCAAACACAGACCAGGAGGAGAGCUUGCAGGCUAAGGUAUUGCCAGCUUGUACUGGGCCUGGCAAUGGUGUCAAAGUGAAGGACUCUGGCAGUAACAUCCUCAGUGUAAGUAGUUUAACUAGCAAUGGCAGCAACACAUCCAUUGACCAGACCAGCAAUGACUUGGAGGAGCAGCUCUUUUCUCCUAUCCCAAUCGUACAAAAUGAACUUCUGUCCCCACUGAGAGAAUAUGAAGAGCUCAAAACUCUGUGGGUGAAAAUAGACCUUAGUUUACUCUCUAGGAUACCUGGACAAGAGCCUUUUGAGACCACAUCUGUGAAAAGUGAACCAAAAGAGGCAACUGUGAAACACAGGCGACCAUCUCAAGAGUCCCCUACCCCAGCAACUGAAAAACCAUCCACAAAAUCCAAAAGGAAACACAAGCAGACAGAAAGCCUGGAUACCUUUGUUGAAAGCAAGAAGCAGCGUCUGGAGGACCCUUCAGCUUCAUGCCUGCUCCCACCUUGUAUCUCUCCAAUACCGAAUCACAGAUUAACCAGCACUAAAGAGAGCAGUGGUAGCUCGGUGAAGAAGGUGGCAAAGAAAAGAGAAGAGAAGCUGUUCCCUCCUCCAUUAUCUCCCCUCUUGGAUGAGCCUGUGCACCGGCGGCACAGCAGUGACAACAGCUCCUUCAGCCAAGAGACAAACAUCACAAACACCUCUCAGACCAGCAGCUCUUCCUCCUCUGUUUCUAAACACAGAAAGAAUGAAAAUAAAUCUUCUACUAACCCCAAAGGAAUCUGUGAGGAAGAAUCUCACAAUACACUAACAGCCAACACCCUUCUUGACACUAGCCAUCUAGAAUCAGACAUCUGGUCUGCAAUGCCAACACUUUCCAAUGGGAAUUCUGAGCCCAGAAGACCCAAAAUUACAUUUGAUGAUGUGCUUCACAAUGCGGAUUAUUACAUGCAAGAGGCUAAGAAGCUAAAGCAUAAAGCAGAUGCAUUGCUGGAGAAGUUUGGCAAAGCAGUGAAUUAUGCUGAUGCUGCCCUCUCCUUCAUCGAGUGUGGGAAUGCUAUGGAGCGAGAUCCUUUAGAAGCUAAAUCUCCAUACACCAUGUACUCAGAGACUGUGGAACUCAUCAGGUAUGCAAUGAGACUCAAGAAUUUCACAGGCUCUUCUGCCACAGAAGGGGACAAGAAAUUAGCAGUUUUAUGCUACCGAUGCUUAUCACUUCUCUACUUGAGAAUGUUUAAACUAAAGAAGGACCAUGCUAUGAAGUACUCCAGAUCUCUGAUGGAAUAUUUUAAGGGUUGUACAAGGUGCUACACAGACGUGAAAGGCAGAAUGAGUAAGCAGAAUUCUUCAAAAGCCUCACAGGCCCCCUCACCUUGGGGCGGCAAUGGAAAGAGCACAGAAACACCAUCACCCAUGUCCCUGAGCCCAUCUCCCAUCAGUUCUGCUGGAAGCAGCGUGGGCACCACCAGCUCCUCCUCGGCGGGGACCAUCACCAUCCCUCAGCGCAUCCACCACAUGGCUGCCAGCCACGUCAACAUCACCAACAACGUCCUGCGGAGCUACGAGCACUGGGACAUGGCUGACAAGCUGACUAAGGAGAACAAAGAAUUCUUUGUAGACCUGGACUCAGUGAUGGGACCCUUAACACAACACAGCAGUAUGACCAAUCUGGUUCGUUACGUUCGCCAAGGACUCCACUGGCUCCGCAUUGAGGCUCAUUUGUUGUAGUGACUGCUGCCCUGUUCAUGCCAUCCCCAUUCUUCUACCUCUACCAGCGCAGAGACGAUCACUGGUGGAACUCCACUCAUUUCUGGAAGUUUAUUCAUGUAACUUCAUUUUUAUUGCCUUUUUUAAUAUCCUAUCUAUUGGAAGUAGAAGUCACCAUAAAUGGAACUUAUGACUCAAGAGCAGUAUGUGUUGUACCAUCUAAUAAUUUUCGACAAUUUUCUAUGCCUUGUGUCUCCUGGAUCCUGCCCUCCUGAUGUGCUUUAUAAAACGGUACAUUCCCUGCAGUAUUGUUUUAAGUCCAUGCUGCCUUCAAGUGAAAACAAAAAAAGCACUUUGAGAAGAUAUGGAUUCCUGAGAAACAGUACAAAGCGUCUUAAAUAUUUGAGGGUAUAUAUGAGAAGUCCCUUCUGAAAUAAAUUAGUAGAAGUUAUAGCUACUCAUUCCAAAUUGUCUUCUGAACCUGAACCAAGCUUUUUGACGCUUAAUUCCGGCAUCAUUACCCGAAACAGUACAUUCCUAAUAUCUCAUACUUCCUGUAGGUUUAAUCUCUAAAAGAGAACUUUGAAUAUCUUACAGGUACAUAAUGUAAGAUCACCAAAGGUGUUAAGAGGUAAAAGGUUGAAGGAAUGCCUCAUUAAAGAAUGAUGACACACUAUGCAAUGAGGUUUUGAUAAUUCCAUUCUUCCUGUUUAUUGUUGGCUUAAUAAUUUCAGUAGGCAGCAGAAUUUAUUGCAGUUUUUAGGCAAUUUGAAAUAUUAGCUUCCAUAGUCUCAUCUACCAUUCCUGUAAUUCUGUGAAUUUUCUUUCAGUUUUACUGCUUAUUCUCAAAAAAAUACUCAUCCAAGAUUUUUCUUCAUAGAACAAUCUCUCCUUGCAUAGUGACUCAGUGAAAGCAGAUUUUAACAGGACCGCUACACUCUAAGCAUUGAUAUUGUAUGUAAAAGUCCAUUAAUAAGUGUAUGAAGAUUCUUCAUGAAACUCUCUAGAAGUUUAACUAACCAGCUACUGUUGAAACAUUAUAAUUCCAUGUGGCAUCAAUUUUCACCUGUUUUGUUCAUUUCAGAGCAUUAGAAACGAACAGUAUUAUCUUGCUAUCUUGAAAACAAUGUCAAAUUAAAUAAAAUCACCAGAUUUAUCCAAAAAGCAAUAUAACAUUUGUCUAAUAAUGGCCAUGAAUACUUCAGUCAGAUUACCUAUUUUCCAAGCUCUGCAUCUGUUUACCCAUGCUGUCAUGUUUUGGACCAUUCCUCUAAUGCGUGAAUAAUAAUGAGACAAUUCAGAUAGAAUUUCAAAGCAAUUGUGAAUAAAUUACACCAUUUCACAUUUGCUCUUUCCUCUUCUUUUUUUUCCCCCUGUUAUAAACUGCACUGCUCUUCUGGUGCCACUGCAAGAAGCGCUGGUGCAUGAAACAAAGCAAAAUGAAUUUAUAUCAAUAAUUCACAAGACUUUAAAUGGUCUCAUCUCAUUCUUGAUCUAACGCCUGCAUACCUUACUGAACUGUCAAUUCCAUUUCUAUAAACAGAAAAUGCUCAUAGCAAAGUAAAUAUUAUUCUGUCUCAUCUCACUGAAAUAAUACAAUAUGCGUCUUAAAUGCCAUCCAGAUAUUAGUUAAUUGCAAUUACUUUCUGCUAUAUAAUCCAGUAUAUCCUUUAAUCUAGUGAGUUAUUGGAUUCUACUCACUGGGUUGUGACCAGAUAAAUAGGACAAAUUUGCAUUUUAAAGGUUCAGGCUGUUAGGAUUUUUAGAGCAGGCCUUGGAUAUUUGCAAAACGAGCAGUUUAAGGACUCUGCCCAAUACACACUUUAGACAAACACUGCUGUAGCAGUUGUGUAUUAGCUCCCUGCAGUACCACCUUUUCUUAUAAAUCAGUAAUUCCUAAUUUAUUUAUUUUUUUCCACAAGACUGUGUUGUAAAUGUAGCCAAGGUACAUCAUUAGAGAGAUCAUCCAGUUUAGGGUUGUCUGCAAAGGAAUUUUGCAGAACAUGCACAUAUUGUAGUAUCUGCACAUCCUUGUUCCUGAAGUGGUCGAUAACAUCCUUAUCAGUUCUCUGAGGGUUUCAGUAACAUGGCUGAAACAUGGAUCUGACAGCAUUUGUCACACUGAUUCUGGCCCCUGGAGCUAAUUAAUAAAACCACAACAGUGAAAACUACUCUGAAAUACAGAUGAAAGAUGGUGCUCGGGUUGUUUUAGAGAAAAAGAAAACAAAACACUUGUAAUACUUUAAUUUUUUUAACAGGAAGAGCACUCGAGGUGAAGUAGUGUUGAGGUGGUUUUGUCAUGAGGCAGCGUUUUCCAUUCUUUUUGCAAGAUCUCACUAAUGAGAUUCGGUAACUAUUUAGUCUAAUUAAGUGCAUUGUCGUCACUUGUUCCUUUAAUGUAGAGUGUAACCCUAGACUCCCAUGCAUUUAUGAAGGAUAGGUAAGUCUUGAAAUACAAUCUUCAGACACAAGACUGUUCAAAGAGUUAGCUGAUUAAAACAGCAUAUUAUCUUACCCCUGUUGCUUGCAGUUAACAGACUCCUAUCUCUAAAUUUACCUCAUGUUCACAAUUCUUUGCUUAAACAGCUUAAGGAAUUAACCCACCUGAUUUUGUACCCCGUGACUUAGCUUGAAAUGUAUGCUGAAUCAAUGGCAUGAUUAUAAUAAGUCCAGCAGUCAAGCCUAGGAUCACAAGCCAACUUACUAUUUAGCGUCUUGUUUUGAAAGCAGCUUAGAAACAAAUUAAAUAUGGAGAGUGAAUUACCAUCUUAUCCGUGGGGAUGAUGCUUCUUUUGGGUUAGUUAUUAAGGAUUAUUGCACUUUUACAGGCACUGCAUUCAUCUCGUUUCAAAUGCCAACAUGUCGUCUUUGUAGAAUCAUUUUACCCCUUAAAAUAUUACUUCCAGCGGAGUUAAUCAAAUGAGAUUGUUUGUUUGUUGCAAUCCAUGGGGAAGCAGCAUGUGUUUGCUUGGGCAUUUGCUCUGUCUGAAGUCAUGAACCAAGCUUCAAAAAUUACAACAUUGGCUUCAAAUCAUGGUGUUUUUUUUAAUAAACUUUUUGGUUCCUGUAUGGUCUUCUGGAUACUGAGCUUGGAGACUGAUUUCAUGACAUGUUUUCAGGCAUUUUUCAAGCAUGCUGAGGGCCAGAAAUGUCACAUUUGUUUUUAAUAGUGAUAAACUGGGACAGUGAUGUAAUCUUUUGAUUUCUGCAGCUAGGAUUUAAGAAGGACACCAAGCUUCAUAAAAAAUUGCCAGAGCUGACAAGACUGUCAUUUGUGUCCCAUGCUUCAGGAGAUUUGGAGCAAUAUCAAUAGUUCAGCAGUGAAAGGAGCAUGUGAAGGGCUAAACACAAGCAUUUGGGAGCUCCAUCGGUACAAGAUCCAAGGGCAGCAAAGUCCUAAGUGCUCAAGCGAGGCAUUUACAUAGCACUUAACCUCCAUGUCAAGAGCUGCAGCAAGUCUGAAGUGAAGUAUUUGACAACAUGCAGGCAGAAUAUCCUGCUCAGAGUGCUGUGAGUAUCUCUAGCCAUGUGCUGUGUGUUGGGAAACCACGGCCCUUGAGAGCAGGGAUCGAAGGGGAAGCCUGAGAUGAUGUAUCCCAUAUGGGCCAUGUUCCCCAGACCAUGGUCACUGAUCUCAGCAAUGCUCCUUUGCCUCCUUUCAAAUGAGAAAUUGCCCUUCCCUCUCUUAGCAAACUAACAGAGUAAACGGUUCAUGCUGAGUUUGGCUACCCAGGUUUGGCACAGUAUUUGUGCUUUUUAUUUUAUUUCAUCUUAUUUUUUUUUUUAGUCAUUCUGGUUUAGCUUACAGCCUUUGUGUUGAUAGUGUUGGUGGCCAUCUUCCCAGCUUCUUUUAACUUCACUUUUUCUUACAUGGUCUUUGGACUUUUCAUCAUUUAAAUAAUUUUUCUGUGAAUAUAUUUUCUUUACAUAGAUGACCUCUUUGGAAAGAUAGGGACGAGUCAGUUGAUUUCAGUGUGGGGUUUUUAAGAAUAAAGAUUGAGAUCUUCAUUCCUCCUAAAGAAACAAAAUCUGUGAAAUUUAAUCUGGACCUUAAUUUUGAUGGGUUUUGUUAUUUCAUAGAUUUUUAUGAUGUUCUUCCAUUCUGAUAGUUUAGAUUCACUGACACAUUUCUAGGUACUUUGGAAGAAAUGUUUUCAUGCUAUUUUUAUCAGUAUUUAGUGCUGCAUCAAUUCAAUGAUUAGGUUUGUAAGUGCAAGUUAAAAGAUUGCAAAAAUGGGGCUGGUAACAAAUUUUGACUUAGAUAUUAAUAUACUUCUUUGCUUGGAGUUCAGCAGAAACUCUACUACACAGAGUAUUGAAGCAGGCAUGUCAGUGUGAGAGUGUGUGUGUGUAGGCAUGUAAGGAUUUAGAUGUGGAUUUGCAACAAAAAGUCCAUAUUAAUUACUUCAUAGCACAGGAAAAAAUGCAGUAGCCUUAAAGAGUAAACUCUUAGCACUGCUGAGUGCAGAACUAUUGAAGUGUUCCUCUGUAGUAUGUAAAUAGUCCUGUUUGCAUCUGUUGUCCCCUUGCAGACAAUGAAGGUAUGACAGAAAGUGCAAAUCUGUCACCUGGUCCUGUGGUCUCUGAAGUCAAAACUGCAAGUGCUGUCAGUGUAUGGUUUUUCAGAAGGUUACCUUGUUUGCAAUAGACCAGUGUCUUGGAAUUCUAAGAAAAGCAAAACAUUUCACAGGUCAACAAAGAAAACUGUCUUUUUGAACCAAGUGUAGAAAUGUCCUGCCCAUGGGCAAGCCCACAGACCGAGGUGUCAUUGCAAAGGGCCUUUGCCUCUUGCAGUGUCUCCCCAGCCUCCCCGGAGUGCACUGGAAGUGAGGCAAAGGGGGUGAAGAUGAGAAACCAGUCCAAUGUCUUUAUGACGUCUUCCAGCUUUACUUUAUGUGCUAUUUUAUAAAUACAAAUGAAACGAGUCCUGUUAACGUUGCCAGGGCUCGAUUCCUCUAAUACUCCUCCUGUACUUCCAUGCACAGUGUGUAGGCUUCUGUGCUCAUGAGAGAAAUAUAUAUAUAAAAAUCACAGAUCUAGUGACAUAUUGUAGAUAUACCACUUGAUAUUUUAUAGCCUAUAUGUAUAGGUUACAAGCUCAUUUAGGCUCUCCUUCACUAUCAAAACCUCCCUGCCACUGAAUACAGGAUGUUCCUGCCUGACUUCCAGAGUAGCCCUCUUCUUCACAGUGCCCUGGUUAGACAUGCCUUGCCCAUGGAGUCGGUAGCUUCACUUUACCCAUUCUGUUUCUAAGAUGUUUUGUCUAUUUAUUUUGUCUUCCAAGAUAAGUGAUUCUGAUCAUCUCAUGCCAGUUUAAAUCCAUGGUGGUAGCUGCUAAAGUCAGAAGAGAUUGAGUUCAGAUCUUGUGUGCAGCCAGGGGCAUCCCAGGGCUCUACAGAUAGAAGUGAGAGCAAAUUCAGGUGCAGAUGAGUUACUACAUAAAAUUGGUGUCAGAUGAGAAAUCUGGCCAGAUCAGAAGGCACUUCAGCAGAAAUACUGUGAAGAUAAGCUGUGCCCAGAACCACAGGGUACCUACCAACAUCUCAGGCAGCUUGUUGACACUGUAAUCACAUUAGGUAAAGGUGUGAAGAGAAACGGGGGCAAGUUGGUGUCUGGCAUUAUCCAUUUAACCUGUGUGUGCUUCUUGGGAAGGGGGAGACAUUACUGUUGCUAUGUCCUGCAGAAUAACACCUCUACCGUGGUAUCCUACAAAAUCUGAAUAUGGCACCAUCCCCUCCAAUUCCUUAAUCCACCUCAGGGUGCCACCACAUGUCACAAAGAGCAAUGCUUGUCACUGCCCUGAAGUCACCAUAGUGUUAAACCAUUUUUCCCUUACAACUGCAGCAUGGACCAAACCCAGGGACCCAGCAGCCAGCUCAAGCAGCCUGUGUGUGCUCAGUGCUUUGGAGAGAGGCUGCAGAAAGUACCUGACCUUGCCUAUCACAGGCUGUGGAGCUGCACAGAGCUCCCUGAGCCCUCCAGCCUGCUCAGUGUUGGACUACUACAGGUCUGCACAGUGGGGAUCCCCACACAGCCCCGGCCACAGUGUUGGUGUGCAGGAGACAUGGUAGGGGACCAGUGCCCAACAGAACUGAGCGACUCCCACCUUCUGCUUGGGUGCAACAGAGCUGGGCUCUGCACUGCUGUUAGGUGUUGGUCCCCUGUGGCUGCAGAUGGGACUUGGAUUUGAGCUCUCACUUGCACUCACACUGCAGCUGGGAAGGCCAAAGGAGCUGCCAGAUGGGGUGCAUGCAGCACCUUCAGAGAACUCAGGCAAUAGGCUCUGUGCAGGACUGCUGUUGGAAUCGUAGUGUCCACGGGAGUGCUGGUGCUUACAGGACUCAAGCUGAGGCCCACUGACACCAGUGGUAAAAGCCAUGUGAUGUGUGGGUGAUUUGGAUGUUUGAGACUUGUUUUCUUCCUUGAUUUUAACUGAGUUCCCUUUAUGCAAGUUCUGUAAGCUCUCUGUGCUGGUUAUAAGGUUACUCACAGAUGUGUGAGGUAACACUUGUAAUUCCAUUGAAAAACCCAUGGAGGAGAGACAGCUCUCAUUUCUACUCAGUUACUUCCUGCUGUGAGUUAGAAGUAAAGUCAGGUUCUGAACUGAAUGUCACUGUUUUAAUGGACAACAGUAAUGACAAUGCACCAAACUUUGAGCUAAGCAAAUACAAAGUAACUUGGCUCAGUUUGUGGAAUUUAUGGGACCAAAUUCUGCUGUCAUACAGCAAUCGGGCAAGUCUUACAGAGCUUGCUGAGCACCAUUUAUCAAAGGAGAAGCUGGCUACUAAAAUGGCAUAACAUUACAGGAGUUAAGUUUAUUGGGCCAGAAUUUCAGUUGCAUUCACCCAAUUAAUUCAAUGGAAUUACACCCUUUUUUGUUCUGGCUUAGCACUCACCCCACUGAAAUGAGUUCAAGGCCUCUGGACUAGUCCUGGAAUAACUGCAAGCAGACUUGCUCUUCAACCAGACCUUAUGUUGACUCAGCCCUUGCUCAGGGAAACCACCAUUGACUUCAGUGACAAACAACGUGGAGUUACAGAUAUGAAGAAGCUUUGACCCACUGGCAGGAGGCAUUUACACUUCAAUUUAUGAAUGAACUGAAUAGUGGGUAACACCACACAUGCUUUAUUUAUGGCAGAGGUAGAGUACAAGUUCCUCAACUGGUGUAAACUGGUUUAGGAGUAUUGAUUUCAGUGGAGUUAAUCCAAUAUGCACACACUGAGGAGCAAACCCUUUAUCCCCAGCCUAAUUUUUGCCCGUAUAUCUCUAUGCAGAUAAACUCCCAAAGCUUUUAUCAUCAUGCCUUUUUUACUGAUCAUGCCAAUGAAAUGAUUAAUGUACUAUAAUCCUUGCCUGCAAGGAAAUAUUGUACUUUGCAAAGCUAUGCAGUCUAGAGCACAUCAUAAAACUGCUUUAGACCACACAGUCUGGAAAAGCAUUAUCAGAAACUAGACUAACAGAGCAGCUUUUUAUCUGAUGUCGAUUACGCUCUCACUCUGCACUUCCACCACUGAGAUUUCUGCAUAUGGAGUGAGUGAUGGGUGCAUGUUCCUGAUGACUGUGGGCCAAAGCUUCAGCUGAUGUGCCUCUAAGUAGCUCCGUAGAUGUCAGUGCUGAUUUACACCAGCUGAAAAACUAGUCCUCUCCCUUUUCACACUGUGCUGUAUGCCCUCAUGCAGCUUUAUAAAUAUAUACUGAAGCUGAUUGUAUGUUGAACUAUUCUGAUUCAGCACCCGAUAAUCCCUGCUAAAAGAAUUGGAGGGUAAUUUCUGCCUGCUCUCUAGGCUUGCCUAUGUGUUGGUUUUAACUAAAAGGCAUGUUGCAAUUUCAUUACCUCUGAGUUUAAAUAUUUACUGGCAUCAGCAUUACCUUGCAUAGAAAAAUGGCAAAUAAAUUCAAACAUGUCAUAAAUGCUCUCAGACUAGAGAUGGAAUCUGUUACUUUAGUUCAAAGACAUUGCAACAGGCUAAAGUGGUUUUUCCUAAGCCAAAUGGGUUUUUUACAUUUGAAAGUCAUGGCAAAUAUUUAUCUAGGCCCAGUUCUGCCAUUCUGCCCUGAGCAUCCGAAUCAGCAGGUUGCUCCACUGAAGUCCCCAGGAAUAACAGUAUAAAUUAGUGCUCAGCAUACAGACUGCAGAAUGAGGCACUGAGGAUGUGAGGUUGAUGCCAUCAGGAGUUUAAUUUUAGCCACAUGUAUCAUUUGAGGACACUUAAAAAAUAUGUACAUUUUAUCCAAGCUGACAGUCCUUGUAAUUCCAUCAAAUAGUAUAUAAUUUAUUCCUGUCUGUAUUUUUGACAUCCCUGGAUUGCAUAUCUUCUACUGAAUCUUAAAUGCUGUUUUUAAAACCCACAUUCAAAAGGUCUAGAACAUGCCAUCACAGAGUAUGAAAACAAGACAAAAGAUCUCAUUAUUUUUUGCUUUGGUUUUGAGCUCUCCUUUGGUUUGUGUUUUGUCUUUGGCUGUAGCACUCUCAGUCCUCAAAUCAAUGCAAGUUGCUUCCUGUCUUCUGGAAAAAAAAUAAAGAAAGCAAAAUACAACUAAGGUUCAGGAAAAGUAAUUCUGGAAAACUCAAUGGAUGUUUUCUCUUUCUGGGUGUCUUGGUUUUUAAACCAAGCCAUGAUAGGAGCAGUCUACUUCCUGCGUGCGUUCUCUUGCUCACCUCUUCUGGCUGUUGUGGCAAAUACUGUUUAUUCCUCUUUUUUUCUUUCUUUUUUCUUUUGUGUGUGUGUGUGCAUGUAUAAGCAACCCAAAUAUCAGGAAAAUUUAUAUAUGCUUUCUUCUGGUUCCUGGAAACAAGCAACAUUAUGACCUUUCGGUCUUCCAGCAAAAGUCAGAUUUAAUUUCUGCAUUGCAGUGCAACUUAAUUAGCUACUGGAACUAGAUUUCAGUUUACUAAAUGGUCCUUUAGCUUACUUUUUUUUAUUUACUAUUGAAGUAGCCUUUUUUUCCUCAUGUGUGCAAAUAUCAUAUCAAUAAUCAUUGCAAUUCCACAAAGUGUCUUUGUUCUGAACAAGCAUGUUAUCCUUGUAAAGUUUUAAGUAUAAGUUAAGAUGUUUUGUACAGACCAAGGUAACUGUUAAAAUGUCAAGCAAUUACUGAAAUGUUGUAUAGUUUAAAAAGUUUUGAUUUAUUUUGCUUUAUAUGUAUAAAAUUGUAUCUUGCUUGUUUUGCUUUGUAUUUCCAACGUGUUGCACAAUUAUACAUUUUGUUUACAUUUGUUCCUUUUUCAGAAAAAAAAACAACAAACAGUAAUACUUUAUGUACAAACAUUUUAAAUGUACUUUUGUUGUUUUUAAACACAAUGUCUCUGUAUAAAUAAUAUUGGUUGAACUGGUACAUUUGUGUCUCUCAUAGAGGGAUUAAUUAUACUGCCAGUGCAUUGAAUUAUUUAAAAAAAAAAGUAAAAUAAAAUUUUUAUGAAAAUGUAACCCAUUUUAUCACUAUAAA